UCCAGUCUUGCAGGCGGGCGGCUCUCUGACUAAAUCGUCUGUGUGUUGGUUGGCGCGCCCGCCCGCCCGCCUUCCCGCCCCAUUCCCAGCAAUACCACGACGGAGCCCGCCCACUCCGGCUCGACGCUGGUUCCGUGGCGUCGCUUCGUCCCUCCCGCCUCUUCCACGCAGGACUCAGCCACAGCCGCGGCCUCGGCGGCAGGAGGAGAGAGAGACAUAGAGGAGAGGAGGUGAUACGUUCCUGGCUGGACCGUGGUUAUCUGAAACAGUGGAUACUACCGAAUGCUAUCAAAUGACCUGAAUUCGGGUAUCAGCAUACCAUAAAACCACCUGAAAAUCCUAGACAGAUUUUUCCUUGGACGCAGAUUCAAUGGCAAACUUAAGAGGUUGACCCAUCUCUUGACGCACAUUUUUCUGAGCAUCAUGGAUUUGGUGGAAUUUGACCUGCAAAAUAUUCUUAAAAAGUAAAAUUUGUGUCAUAAGCCUAGAUCAUCUUAUGUGAUCACAAUAAUGGCUAGCAAAAGGAAAUCCACAACACCUUGUAUGAUACCGUCAAAAACUUUGGCCCUGCAGGAAUCAGAUUUGGCAUCUGUUGAAGCUGGUCAUGAAGAAACCCAACCAUCUGUUGCUGUUGCCACUGUGCCUGUUAGUGAGCCUGUUAAUAGCAAUCACAACAGUGGGACAUUGUCUAAUGGACAUAAUAGUAUUCUAGAAGAUGAUACAUACAGAUGUAUGUAUUGCAGUUUUGGUUCUCAAGAUGUCAACCAGUUUCUUGGUCACCUUGACUCUGAGCAUAUAGACUUUAGUAAAGAUCCUUCCUUUGUGUGUGUGCAGUGCAGUUUUCUCGUAAAGACCCACAAAGAGCUUUUUUGCCACAAUGUGGAGCAUCAUGCAGGCGAAACCAGCUUAAUCUGGAAUGUUGUAAAGCAAGGCAAUCAGACAAUUGUGGAGCAAACCACUGGAGUUGUCAACAUCACCAGCAGUUCUCAAAACCCUCUAGGGGAUCUUCCUGAGAAUGGUCAAGACAGUCAAGCUGAAAUUAUCAUUACCAAAACACCCAUUAUGAAGAUAAUGAAAACAAAACCAGAAGUGAAAAAAAUCCAUAUGCUUAAAGAAAAUCUGUCUAUUAAACCAGCCAAGGAUCUGGAAACAAAAAGUGGUGAACAGCCAUCCAGCAAUGAAUCUGUGCCUGUCAGUCAGUCGACAACAAGUCCCAUCAAAUCAACACAUGUUGUCAGUGGUUCAGUAAUGGGAAAUGUCCCUGUUUUGCAGACAGGUAUCACACAGUUUGUGCAACUGCCGCAGCAACCACCAAUUCACCAGCAGCUCCCCACAUCAAAAUCCCUUCCCAAAGUUAUGAUUCCUCUGAGUAGCAUCCCAACAUACAAUGCAGCAAUGGAUUCUAAUAGUUUUCUGAAAAACUCUUUUCAUAAAUUUCCUUAUCCUACUAAAGCAGAACUGUGUUAUUUGACUGUUGUGACUAAGUAUCCAGAAGAACAGCUGAAGAUUUGGUUUACAGCUCAAAGAUUGAAACAGGGUAUCAGUUGGUCCCCUGAGGAAAUAGAAGAUGCACGGAAGAAAAUGUUUAACACUGUGAUUCAGUCUGUGCCUCAGUCCACCAUUACAGUCUUGAAUACACCUCUAGUUGCAAGUCCUGGUAACAUUCAGCAUCUCAUUCAAGCCAGUUUGCCUGGCCAUUCAGUUGGAAAACCGGAAGGAGCAAGCAGUGUGCUUGUCACCCAACCAGUAAUAACUAAUGGAUUUCAAGGAUCAACCUCAUCUAUUGCAAUAGCAGCAACAUCCAUCCCAAAGACACAGACAGCUAAACUACCAACUGCUGUGUCAGUUUCUAGUACUGCAUCAGCAGUGAAAGUAGUCGGCUCUUGCCCAAGUAUAUCUUCAGCAUCAGUCUUUGAUCCUUAUGCGUAUAAAAAUAAGAAAUCUUAUGAACAGCUAACUACACUAAAAGACAGUUUCUAUAGAAACCAGUUUCCUGGUCAUUCUGAAGUUGAGAGGCUAUCAAAACUCACUGGUCUUACUACAAGGCAUGUCCGGAAAUGGUUUAGCGAUAGGAGAUACCAUUGUAGAAAUGUAAGAGGUGGCAAGGCUAUGAAUGUUGGAGAAAAUGCAAUAAUCAUAGAUUCAGUACCUGAAAUUACCUUCACAUCUUCUCCCAGAACGACAGAGCUAAUGUCUACAUCAACAGGAACACCAGUUGUUCAUCCUCCAACCCGUCGACAGUCAUGGCAUCAAACUCCUGACUUCUCCAUUACAAAAUAUAAAGAAAGGGCUCCUGAACAGCUCAGAGCUUUAGAGAGCAGCUUUGCAGAGAAUCACUUUCCUUCUGAGGAAGAAGUAGACCGUUUGAGAAGUGAGACCAAAAUGACAAGGAGAGAAAUUGACAGCUGGUUCUCAGAGCGACGGAAGAAACAAGCAAUCAAAAAAACUGAGCAGGGAGUAGAUAAUGAUGGUGAAGACGAUUCUGUGGAAGAGGAAGACUCAUCAGAUGACUUGAGGGCUUUAAGCGAAAAUGGCGCCUUGGAUGUAGCCAGCAGCUCUCGAAUGCCAGGUGAACGCAAAGUGAGCCCUAUAAAAAUUAACCUUAAGAACUUUAAGGUGACUGAGUCAAAUGGCAAAAGUGAGCUGCCAGGUUUGAAUGCAGAUGUUCCAAAUGACAGCUCUCCUAGCAAGCUACCUGCUUCCCAAAAACCCAAGCUAAGCUUUAAAAAGACCGCUGAGCAGAGGCAUUUGCUUAAACAGCUCUUUCUGCAGACACAGAGACCUACCUAUGCACAGUAUGACCAAAUAUGUUCUCAGACAGGUCUUCCAAGGACUGAGGUGAUUCGCUGGUUUGGGGAUAGUCGCUAUGGCUUAAAAAAUGGAAAUUUGAAGUGGUAUGAGAACUACAAGAAUGGUAUCUUCCCAAAAGGUCUAGCAACCUCCAGUGAGACUGGCAGGGAGAUCCUUCAGGAUUAUUUCCAAAAGAACAAGGUGCAUUAUGAGGAUGAUCUCCCAGGUCUAUGUGAAAGAACUCAAAUGACCAGUGAUCAGGUCAAGCUGUGGUUUGCUGAAAGGCUUGAUGAAGAAAGCAAGGCAACUUCAGACCCAGGCAGUGAAGAUCAGUCCUCAAGCACUGGUGAACCAGCCAGCAUUCAAAAAGGGACAUUUGAUACUUUUUCGGAAGUUUCUGAGAACAGUGAAUCCUGGGAGCCUGGAGGUCAAGAAGGCAGCUCAGAGCUUGGUGAUACAGAUAGUCAUCAAUCAGCAGUUCAUUUGGAAACAGAAUGAACCAGCAGUAUUGCCUCCCUUGAAGGAUCUGUUGUCAGCUUUGUGAAGACUCUGCAGCUGUGGGACUUGGCCUGCAUCUCCACUGAAGGUCACAAGGAAACACUGCCAUAUUAUGCCAAGAGCAUCUUUUUGUAAAGCACAUGGAGAAUUAGUGGUGGAGGGGAAGAGAUCGAGCAAGACGGAAGGAUUUGUGAGCGGUCUGUUUCCAAACCUAGCACGGGGAGCAAGAAUGAGGCCCAAUGUAGGAAAGACUUCUUCUCUUCUCUAGACUGUGCCUCUCCAUUUUGUUUCCCAUUGGAAAACUUAUUUCAAGUUUUGUAUGCAUAUGGAAUCCGCUUCUUCAUAUUGCCAAUCGGCCUGCUGGUAGGAUCAUGAACACUGGGCAUUGUUUCAAAACAUUUUUGUUUCAUAGAAAUGGGACUAUCAUUGGCAUAAUAUAUUUUGAAAUAUUUCCUUGUUUGUUCUCUAGAGGCUCAGCUGCUAUAUGUCUUCUUCCUUGCACUUGAAUGUAGGUUGCAAUAUGUCCGACAUGCCUAGGGGUAUGUAUUACUGAAUGCGGUAGGUGUUACUUCUGAAUAGACACUGUUGGCAUGCACUACUAGUACAUGGAGAAGUGGGAUAUGGAUGGGCAUAGGAUAAAUUGUCAGAUAUAAGUCUGAUGAGCAAUAUUUCCAGUUUCUUGCACAAAGCCAGGAAAGAAUAUGAGCAGCUGUCCCUCAUUGGGCUUUAAUUUGGUGUAUAGCUGCUGCUGGGACAGAAAUCUGGGAAGAAAACCCCAAAGAUGUCCUGUUAUCAUUCAUUUUUGAAUUUAGAUUAUGAUACUGUGAGACUUUCCUAGUUCAAAAAUAUGUGUUAAUCUCCAAGACAAGGGUGUUGGUGUGGUGUUGGUUACAUUGUAAGUCACUUCUCAAAACAAUUGUGUUAUUUGUAUUGUGGGAUAAAGAGAACAUUUAAUCUCUCAAAUGGUGGUUGGAAAGACAUUUCACUGAUACUUUAAUCCCAUCAUAGCAAAUGAAAAUGGUCCAGUUUUUAGCGAUAAGCAACCAUUUUACCGAUUGAGCUUCAGAUUAUUGGGUUGUUGUAGGUUUUUCAGGCUAUAUGGCCAUGUUCUAGAAGCAUUCUCUCCUGACAUUUUGCCUGCAUCUAUGGCAAGCAUCCUGCCAUAGAUGCAGGGGAAAUGUCAGGAGAGAAUGCUUCUAGAACAUGGCCAUAUAGCCCGAAAAACCUACAACAACCCAGUGAUUCCAGCCAUGAAAGCCUUCAACAAUACAUCUUCAGAUUCUUGCUGUUUCUUAGAACAUCCUGCAGGAUCUAUUCCAAAGAUGGAGCUAAAUAUCAACCCACCUUCUGUGCUCAUACUUAAGAUUAUUAUCCUAUUUUUGUUAUAUAAAGGUGGUUUUUAUAACCUCUUUGAUGACAAACUGAAAGACAUGCUAGUUUCCAUCUAAAUUAGCUCUAGAGCAUUGGUUCUCAACCUGUGGGUUCCCAGGUGUUUUGGCCUACAACUCCCAGAAAUCCCAGUCAGUUUACCAGCUGUUAGGAUUUCUGGGAGUUGAAGGCCAAAAACAUCUGGAGACCCCAGGUUGAGAACCACUGCUCUAGAGCUUUCUGGAUGUUCUUCUCAAGUCUCUUAUUUUUAGGGUUGUGUGUAACAUAAAUCCACAAAUAUGAAUCUGGCACCUGCAGUUUGUGAGUCUUUUCUCAGAGGAGACUCAUGAGCUUUACACUGUGAGUUGUUUGCACUUAAGUGGAAAAGAAUUCUGUCUGGCUUGCACAGCUUGAAUCAUCUAAACCUGCUCUUCAGAUUGAGAGAGAUAUUCCAGCAACUGAAGGUGCUUGUGACCUGCACUUUUAGAAAUACUUGCCUUGCAAGAUCUCUCUUGAGAUUGCUGCUACAAACAGAAACCAAUGAAGGCUUGCAAAUGGUCAUUGCUUGGGAAAGCUAUCUUUUUGAAGUAUUAUUCCAGAAAUGUCCAACAAAUGACAGUACUCACUGGGGAUACGUUCUGGGAGAUGCAGUGCAAAUAAAGUAACUUCCACCCCAAGUUCUGCCUAUGGUGUAUUAUGCUGUGACCCAGUGACUGUUAAUGUUAGGAGGUUUAACCCAAAGAUUAAACAGCCAUGCCUUCAGAGAAUAAAUGUGGGUAAGUCAUGUGAGGUCCAGUCUCCCCAUGAAUUUGUGGGGCUGUUUCUGUUGGAUGGAUGAGAAGUGAGAAUUCUACAAAAAGUGUGGCUUCCAUCACAUCAAUGGAAUGCUAUGCCAUUGCUGUUUUACGUAUUUACAUGCAUACAGGUUUUGAUUUAAAUAUACACAUCUACAGUACAACAUUAGCAGAUAUUUUAUGCAUAGCACCUAUGUUAUACAUUCAUGGAUUAGUUUAUAAAUGAAAAGCUUUUCAUCUCUUUGAAGAAAAUAUGUUUCUUAUGCAUGUUUAAGAAGACUGUCAGCAAAUUUGAAAUGGCUAUCUUGAGGUUUAGCCUAGGAUAGCAGUGUGAAUUACUUAAAUCUUUAAUAUCAUUAAUAUCAGAAAGUAAGGCCCACUCAAGGUUCAAUUCCUGCAAUGUGGUUAGUUUGUUGGAGGGAAAUGACCGAGUCCUGUGACAUACCAGGCAUCUGAGGAAAUGUAUUAUAUCUCUCAUGAAAGCUUGUAUUAUUAUAAGUGUGUUAGUCUUAAAAAUGCCACACAACCUGUUGAAAAUUACAUGUAAUCAUGUUUGAGAUCAGAGUGAUCAACUUUAGGAGGAGAUUUAGGUUUGAAAUUGGGUAGGUGGAUUGCAAUCCUUGAGUUGCUUGGCAGGGCAGUUUAAUCCUAUCACAACUGAGAAGGAAAAGAACACAGAUCAAUGUGUUGGAGUCUGAAUUUGGAAAUCACGAUAAAAUAGAUAAUAGUCUUAAAUAGGCAGAAUAACUCUGUUGUCUUCAACAUUCAAACACUGUAUAUUAAUUCUGCUUCUAAGAAAGUAUAGAGAUACCAAAAAUGUAACCAAUUCAUUUGGCGGUGUGUUCAAGUAAUGUAAGUCAAUUGAAUGCCUAAAUUCUAUCGACUGCUGCUGCGUCAGUUCUGAACCAACAACUAUGGAGCAUAUAAAUUUAAUUGGAGAUACACCUGCAUGUGUGCAGUCUUCUCCCAUCUCAAUCAUUCUCCCUUCACUUCUAGGAAGGAGGGAUCUUGUUUUGUGCAAAAGCUGCCAUGGAAGUAAAGAGCUAUCUCUUGAGCUGAUCAGGAAUUGUUCAGAAGCUUUAGGCUCAUUGCAGUAAAUGCAUUUGAGGACUUGUUGUUCUACUAGUCAUAGGUCUGCAACAGUGCAUGCACCACUUCACUUCCUGUGCCUAAUGUAAAUGCUUAUAGUACUUUAAUUAGACUUUGAAUGUGACACUUUUUGUUUAAAGCAGGCAUUAUCCUAUCUAGCAAAUUGCACAGCUUUUGAAACAAAACAACACUGUAAAUAUGCAGUUGAAGGAAAGAUAUUGAUCAUUUUUCAUUUUGGGGGUUUCACAGAAGCCUUUAUUGUCACAGGAAGUAUUACCACAAUUUGCACAGUUCAAAUAAGAAGUUCAGUCACAGUUCAAUCAAUCUUUGAAUCAAGGAGUGGAUUUGCACAGUGGCAGCAACUCAUAUUUGACAUGUAAAGGGUUCAGUAUUUGCAUCUCAUGAUAAGAUAGGAAAAAUAUUUUGCCUUGGAUCCUAUAGAGCUGCUAACAGCCACCUUAGCACAGAACAUCCUCAACUAGAUUGUUCAGUGGUGGUCUAAAGCAGCUUUCCGGUUUUAAGUAGCUUAACAAAUCUAGUCAGCCCUUGUUUGGAGAGUCAGUUAUGCUUCCCUAUUCCCUUAAGGUUAAUGGUGUUAUACCUUGAUACAUGGUGCUAAAUCCCCACUGGACUCUACAUUAAAGCUGGAAAAAUAAAUACUUUUGAGAAUCAGAGGUAAAACAUCUCGUCAGGAUAUUGGAACACUGGUUUGAAAUACAACUGCUUGAUUAGUUUUAGGCUCUGUAACAUUGCAGGUGGAUAGACAAAGCACUUAGAGAAAGGUUUACUGGGGCAUCAAGGGUAUUUUAUUUAUAAGCUGCUAUUUUUUAAAAAAAAUCUUGAAAUAUUUAUCCAAUUCUUCAAACUGCAUUAUAUGCCCCAUAUUUCAGGAUAGGAGGGAAAAUAUUAGAGUAAGAAUUGUAAGCUUGCAUUACUAUGUUUUCAGUAUAUUUGUAUAUUUAUCAGCUUGCAUUACUUUUUUGGGGAAGCCAGCAUAGUUUAGUGGUUUUGUUGAGCUUGGAUACCAGGAGUUUAGGGUUUGAAUCCCCACUUGGCCACCAGAACCCAGUGGUUAAACUUGGAGAAGUUAUACUCCCUCAGUCUACGUAUUUCCUUUGAAUAAAUAAUGCCAAGUAAAACCCUAUUUUAGCUUAACCAUAUAGUUGCCGUCACUAAGAACUCAAAGGUGCACAAUUACAUUUGUACCCAUAUUCCUUACAUUGGAGUGGUUUAUAUAUGUUGUCUUCCUUUCAGUUAUAUGCCAACAACAUUGUUUUGUUCACACUUCUGACCAAUGAGCUUGAUUUGGAAUUUGUCUCCUAAAUCCAAUGUCAGCAUUCCAUCCACUACACCAGCUUCCCCAUCAUAGUGUCCUCCAGAAGUCUUGCCCUGCAAUUCUCAUAGUGAUGAACUACUUGCUGUGCUGAUUUGGUCUCAUGGGAGUUUUAGGCAAACACAUCUUAGGGGCACCAUGUUGGUGACAACUGCAGGUGCAUCACACUAGCUCUGAUUCACAAGUGCCAGCACUCUAUUGACUAUAAAUUAAUAUAAAAUACAGUAAUAUAACCCAGUAAUAUAAAAUAGUUUAAAUUAUGUACCAGUUGGGAGGCAGGCUCGUUGGAAGUCCAGAGGAUUAUGGUUAGUGCACGUGUGUGUGUGUAUGUGUAUGUGUGUGUGUGUGUGUGUGUGUGAGAGAGAGAGAGAGGGAACAUGAACAAGAACAAGGGCUUGCUUACUGGCCUGCAAAGCAUUCACGAAGCUAUUUGAUCGGGUAAUGCUCACAGGCUACUUUGAUAUGGCAAUGACCCUCCAUAUGGCUGUCUGAUCAAAUACAUUUUAAUGUGGUGGCACAGCUUUAUAGCAAGUGCCAUUAAGGGCUGUAUCUGAAUCUGGAGUUGUUGAUGCAAGACACAGCAUACACACACAUACAGAGCUUGGAGUUGUGUCAAAAUUUAAAACUUUAACCUCUUCCUAAAGUGCUUCCAUUUUCUAAAUAAAUAGAUUUGCUGCAAAUGAAGUAUGUGAAAAUGGGGAAUUCUGAACUAGAAUGCAAAAUGUUAUUGGAUCAGAAAUGGUGUUUGGAGUGUGUUCAGCUGCAAGCACACAGCGUCUUCAUGUGGUAUUUAUUAGUCAUGCUUGAAAUGUUAAGUUUCAUCUGUUUCUAUUUCCCAGCUAAUCUUGUUUUGUUUGUUUGUUUUUUGAAAAAAUGAGAGCCAAUUAAACACCCUUCAGAAUUGAAACCGCACAUUGUAAAACUCCUAAUAAUGAGGCUGGUGGGUCCAAGACUCACUGACCAAAUCAACACUGCUAGGAAAGGAAUCCCUUUAUUCCCUUUGCAAAAGGACCCAGCCCUCACAAGCUGCUGAGAAUUUUCUUGCACAGUCUCUGUUGAACUGAUGAGGUCAGUGUGGGCAACCGACCAUAAUAUAGUGGACAGCUCCUUUGCAUAUGAAUGGUCUUAGGUUAAAUCACCACCAUUUCCAUGGAAAGGCCCAAGUAGCUGGCUUUCAAAACAAAACCCUGGAGAAAUAGCAGAAACCCAUCACAGCUGAGCAAAUACUUGGCCUGUUAGAAUUUUUUUUCUGUGCAACUUGGUUUCAAGUCUGAUUCCCGUAACCAUAUAUCAAAGCUCAUCUGCUAUGUUAUCUUGCACUAUAGGACUUCUCAUUUGACAAGAGACCCCAAUGCACAAAGCCUCUCAAGAACUGGAUUAGUGUGUGUAUAGAUUCUUUUAUGUGUCAGAAAGGAACAAUUUUGAAGUAGCACACGUAGGCCUGAAUUUUGUUGCUAGUGCUAGCUGCUGUACUCCUUUAAUAAAUGCGAUUUACACAUAUUGAUUCGCCAUUCAACAAUUGGCAGAAUCUACUCUAGGAUUUUAGCCACAAUAUGGGAACAAUCAUAGGUACAGAUCCUCUGCAUCAAUGUCUAUCAUCAUGAGAUUGGAGAAUCAAGUCCACCCAUUGUUUUACCCUUUAAUGUUAGGAAAACUGCACUGGGCGAUCCAAUACUGAAAAUAUGGCCCUGCUUUGUUUGUCUCCCAAGUACCAGAAACCAUAGCCAGCAUAACCAAUUAUGAAUAAUCCUGGGAAUUGGCAGUCCAACAUCUAAAGGGUUGGGUUAUUGCUACCCUUGCUUAUAAGGCCUCUUAGCUGUUAAUUGAAGCCAUAGGGGCCUUCAUAGUAAAGUCAAGGGCGUCUCCUUGACAUCAACUGAUUUGAGGAAUUGUUUGCAGUGGCAAAGAGGUCUUCUGCUUAUGCUGACCAGGAAGGACAUAUUCCUCUGAAAUAAGCAGCUGUAUGGCUUUGGAAAGGAAGGCAGAGCUUUUCUUAAGCAUGCAGUCUGUGACAGAGCAAUUUAUUGCACUUACUAUGUUAAAUGUUGAGAUCCUACAGACUUUAUUUUUAAAACCCCCACAUUUUCUUGAGAGAUAAAUUUGUAUCUUGGAUAAACAAGAAGUUCAGUUACGAAUCCUUUCAGAUUUUUUCUCUCUGAUACUAUCUUCAAAAUUCUUGAAAGAUGGAUAUAUCAAGGCUUUUUUCUGCUUUUUCUUCACCCUGUGUAAAAUUGUCUUGUGAAAGAAAUUGCUCAGCUCUUUUGAUUUUCCCAAAGCUGUUGUAAAUAACAUAUUUCAUUGUACUAUAGAACAUUGAUUUCACCUCAAGUUCAUUGUAGCGUAACAGCAAAUGGACCUUUUUUUUAGAAGGGUAGCAGAGGGCAAGUACACCAAGCCUGAUAAGGUAGCAUUCUAGUUUUGUACCUUUCGUUUUCUUGAUAGGGUGAGUUACAAACUACCGGGGGGAGGGGCAGUGUCAGAUUCUUUUUGUACUUUUGGUAAAACUUUUAGAAAAGGAAAAGGCUGAAGCUGUCAGUGUGGGUAAAUGCCUGUUUCUCCCUUCAGCUGGAGACAACUGGUGCUUGCCUGGUAUGAUAGCACUUGCUUUUAUUCCCCAAAGUGAUGCCACUUCUGCGAAGUGAACUGCAAGUUUCCCUUCAUUUUGUAUAUGUGGCUUAAGAGGGUGGGAAGAGCUUGCUUGUACAGUUUUGUGAAAUGAGACCUUUUCGGUUUGUUCCUAAAUAAACAGUGAUGAAAAAAACAACAAAA